UGACAGUCAGCAUCACUGGAUUUAUUAUGAAAGCUAUAGAAAACAAAAUUAUCCAUGAAUAGUUAAGUGUUACUAGCCACGGAAACUAAUUUUGUCAUAUUAUUCAUGACAAUUUAGAUGCCGCCAGACUUCUGCCCGUAGAGUGUGGAAAAUUGGCGGUGAUUACAUCAGUUUUGACACAGCAGGGACCUAUCAUUGGUCUUCAGUAUAACUGUCUCACUUACAUUGAAAAUAGUUUCAUCAAAAUGCAUUUAUUGUGACAGCGAGUGUAUUUUAUGUAUAUUGGAGUGUUCAUUAUUAACAAACUAUAAGAGAGACGAGAAUGGGCGCUCCUAGAAUAAAGAUGUUAUUUAGUUUUCUCGUGUUUAUUCUGGAUUUUUAUUCAAUAUUAUGUGAAGACAUUAUUAUAGGAUAUAUUACUGGAUCACAAAAGCCUGAUGACGGAUUUUACCGACGACCUGGUCAAGCGAUUUCCGGCGCCUUGACUCUGGCUUUAGAUGAAAUAAAUAACAAUACAGAUAUUUUACCAAAUCAUAACCUGAAUUUCUUAAUAGCAGAGACUCGUGGAAAAGAAUUUCUUAGUAUUAAAGAAACAGUUGAGCUAAUUAACCAGAACAUAUCUGUUUAUAUUGGACCACAGGAAACUUGUAUCCAUGAAGCGAAAAUCGCAGCCUCAUUCAACAUUCCAAUGAUAUCUUAUUUUUGCUCUGAGGUUGAUGUUAGCAACAGCCAGUCCUACCCAACAUUUGCUAGGACAAAACCAACGGAUUCACAAAUUUCGAAAAGUGUAGUUUCAAUCCUGAAGAAGUUUAGAUGGAAAAAGAUUACUUUUGUCCACACAAGCGAAUCAGUGCUGCAGCACACAGCCGACACAAUAUAUGAGCUAAUGCAGAUCUAUGAUAUAGAAGUGACAUUCCGGAAAGUUUACAAGGGACCUUAUUUCCACAGACAUACCGUGAACCCAUUCAUCAAAAUAAUUCAAGAAACAUUUGUUGAUACAAGAAUUUACGUAAUUCUGGGACAAAGUUACGAGUUUGUUGGUCUAUUAGACCACUUGAACGACAGAGGCCUACUCGACACAGGGGAAUACUUCGUGGUUGGAGUUGAUGUAGGACAAUAUGACCCAAAAGAUGCACAAAAAUAUUUCAAAGGAAUUUUCACAGAAAAAAACGUGACGACUGACAUUCAAGAAGCAUUCAAGUAUUUUAUAGGCGUGGCACAUUCUCCGCCUGUAUACCCGGGCUACGAUGAGUUUACAAGACUUGUAAAUAAACAUCUUGAAGCGCCACCAUUUAACUUUGAAAACCCUUUUAUAGAUAUUGAAGGACUAAAAAUAAUAAGACCAGAAGCCUCGUAUCUAUAUGACGCUAUUUGGCUGUAUGCCAAAGCCGUACAAGAAUGUAUUGAUAACGGACAAGAUUUUAGAAAUGGGACGACUGUCAUCAAUAAAAUCAAACAUCAGACGUACAAAAGCGCAAUGGGUUACAUCGUGCGUAUUAAUGAGCUUGGAGAUUCAGAAGGUAACUACUCACUUAUAGCACGUGAUCUGCUGGAGGACGAUUCAGAUCAGUAUGGCAUGUAUCCUGUUGGGGUGUUCCGGCUCAAUCAGAACCUAGCACUCUUACCGACAUUCCAUUACUACGAAAAUGGUCACAUAGACUGGCCUGAGGGAACGCCGCCUGUUGAUGAACCGCCAUGCGGGUUUAGAGGACAGAAGUGUAUCCCCCCUACAACGUACACGAAGGAAAUCCUGUCUGGAGUAGCAGGUGGACUUGCUUUAAUUGUAUUAAUAAUUGGUUUCCUUGUAUACAGAAACUGGAAAUAUGAGAACGACUUAGCGAGUUUAUUAUGGAAAAUAGACUAUAAAGAUAUCGACUUCAAAGAUCAUUUUGUUGGAACCAUGUCGUCAAAAUGUGGGACGAAAGGAAGAAGAAACACCGUAGUUCGCGUUAACAGUAGAAUGUUCCAGCUUGCAAACUGUCAGCGAACUGCCGUUGUGAGAGUGAACAGUCAGAUGUCAUUGGCAUCACAAGGGGAAUUUGACUUUAGGCAGCUGUUUACAUGUGUAGCUACGUACAAGGGUAUGGUUGUCGCUGUGAGAAAAAUCAGAAAGAAGAAUGUAGAAUUAACGAGAAGCGUAAAAAAAGAGCUCAAAGUGAUUCGUGACUUACGGCAUGACAACCUAAAUCCCUUUAUUGGCGCGUGCCUUGAUGCUCCAAAUGUCUUGAUCGUAACGGCAUAUUGUUCAAAAGGAAGUCUGCAAGAUCUGCUUGAAAACGAUGACAUACAACUAGAUGACAUGUUUAGAGCAUCUCUAGUCUUCGAUAUUAUUAGGGGUAUGAUAUACUUACAUGACAGUGAAAUAAAAUCCCAUGGUAAACUGAAAUCCUCUAAUUGCCUGGUGGACAAUCGAUGGGUGUUAAAAAUAACAGAUUUCGGUCUGCACGAGUUUACAGAGGGUGAAGAGGACGAAGAUGAGGGGGACUUUGCUAGAUAUAGAAAUCUUCUUUGGAAGGCUCCUGAAUUGUUACGGGUAAAUAAUGCCCCAAGACGAGGCACGUUAGAGGGAGAUGUUUACUCGUUUGCAAUAAUAUUAUAUGAAAUCUAUGGAAGGAAAGGACCAUACGGAGAUACAGAACUUUCUCCCAAAGAAAUCAUCACACGAGUAACAGGAUUUCAAAAUUACACUCCGUACCGUCCACAUCUCGGGGCACUAGAUACGACGCCAAAAAUAGCAACAGACGUGAUCAGAGAGUGUUGGGACGAAGAGCCAUCACGAAGGCCGGAUUUCAAAAUGAUCAGAAAUAGGUUGAAGCCUAUGCAGAAAGGAAUGAAACCAAAUAUUAUGGAUAACAUGAUAUCUAUGAUGGAAAAGUACGCGAGCAAUCUGGAAGCCUUGGUGGAGGAGAGGACAGAUCAACUCAGGGAAGAGAAGAAGAAAACAGAAGAUAUAUUACUUCAAAUGUUACCAAAGGCAGUGACCGAGCAGUUAAAACGAGGAAAAGUUGUAGAGGCAGAAUCGUUUGACAGUGUAACAAUAUAUUUCUCUGACAUAUGCGGCUUCACGGCCAUGUGUGCAGACAGCUCACCAUUGCAGGUUGUGAAUCUGCUCAAUGAUCUAUACACCCUGUUUGACUCUAUCAUCGAGCAUUACGACGUCUAUAAAGUAGAAACGAUUGGUGACGCUUACAUGGUUUGCUCCGGCUUGCCAAAACGUAACGGACUUCUUCAUGCUGGUGAGAUUGCAUCAAUGUCACUUCACUUACUAAAGGCAAUUAAGCAGUUUAAAAUACGCAAUCGUCCUGAUGAAACAUUAAAGCUACGUAUUGGUAUUCACUCUGGGCCAGUAGUGGCUGGUGUUGUUGGCCUGAAAAUGCCUAGAUAUUGUCUGUUUGGGGAUACUGUAAAUACGACGAGCAGAAUGGAGAGCAAUGGAAUUGCGUUGAAAAUCCAUUGUUCCCCACAAUGUAAGACGUUACUGGACCAAUUAGGCGGUUACAUUCUUAAGGAAAGAGGUCUAGUGUCAAUGAAGGGUAAAGGUGAAAUCCUUACAUACUGGCUGAUCAGUGAGAACAAACAAAAACGUUUGAAACGGUUAGAAUCCGUGUCAGCAUCUCAAGGUUUUGCAGUACCUACUGCUGGUGAUAGUGAUAUUGAUGAAACAAUCACUUUCCGAACAUCACUUGAUGGUGAAACAAAUAAUGCUUAUGAUUCUGUCCGCGAAUCGUCCUGGAAUCACAGCGGGACAGAAGAGCAUAGUGAUACUACAGGGAUGAUAAAUGAUCCGAAUAUAGAGGAAACUGUUUCUAGCUUACAUGAAAGUGACAUCUUAUGUAACGGAAGACAUAAAAGUGAUUCGAGCAGACAGAGAAACGGAGAUAUAGAAACACGUGUGGAAAUGAAACCCCUUCUUAGUCACGUGACAUAAAUUUUCAAUGUUUUGUCCCAUUCUGUGAAACAUAGGCUUGUUUCUGAAAUGUAGACAAAACAUUACUUACAAAACAAUGAACCAUAUCAAAAUAUAUAACAAUACUUUACAUGCAGAUUGAACUGUUUUCAAAAACUGUAAAACCUAUACUUUUCUAUGGUUGUGAGGUAUGGGGAUAUGGAAACAUAGAUGUAAUUGAAAGGGUACAGUUGAAAUUUUUAAAGUAUAUUUUGAAUGUGAAAAAUUGUACGGCAAAUAAUAUUGUUUACGGUGAAACAGGUGUUACACCAAUAUCAAUUGACAUCAAAUCGAGGAUUGUAUCAUUCUGGUCAAAACUUGUUAGCUCAAAUGAAAGUAAAUUAACAGGGGAUAUGUAUGCCAUACUUUUAAAUCAUUUCCAAGAAACAAAUGUAAAUAACAUAAGACAUUAUUUAUGGAUUAGAAAUGUUAAAGAUAUAUUGAUAAGCAGUGGAAUGAUAAAUGUAUGGGAAACACAAACAUUCCCAAAUGGUAAAUGGCUUUAUAUGACUAUAAAGCAAAAAUUACGUGAUUUAUUUCUAAAUGAAUGGUAUUCAAAUAUUGAAAAUUCAAGUAGUUGUAAAAAUUAUAGGAUAUUUAAAACAAAAUUUGGUUUUGAAGACUAUCUGAUCAGUACACAAACAAAAUAUCUUAAGUAUAUUGUUAAAUUCAGAACGAGAAAUCACAGACUGCCUAUAGAAACCGGUUGUUGGAAUAGAAUCCCUUUAGAAUUAAGGAAAUGUACAUUAUGUAAUCAAAAUAUUAACGAUGAGUUUCAUUAUCUCUUAGAAUGUUCAGCAUUAAAUAUUGCAAGAAAAAAAUUUAUUAAACCACAAUACAUAAGGAACCCUAAUGUCAUAUCAUUUGAAAAAUUAAUGACAACCAAUUUACACAAUCAUGUUGAAUAUAGAAAGCUAUGUAUGUUUAUUAAGGAUGUAGGAGCGAAUUUUUUCUAACGGUCAGAAUUUUUUCAUGCUCUGUGAGCUUGAAGAACAUUAGUUUCUAAGACAAACAAGAGAAGAAAAAACACAGGUCACCGAACUCGUUUUAUUUUUAUAGGGCAUUUUCUUCUCCCAGUGUUUGAGCAUUUCUGAAAUUUUGUAAAACUGUAAAAAUGGUGGUAUGUUAUAAAACAUAUAAUAUCCCAUUUAAUGUUAAAGGGAUUUCAUGUCUUACAGGUUAAUAUGAAUACAAGGUGAUAUCAGUAUUAUAUAAGCAUAAAUGUCACGAACAAAUCUCUUUCAUUUUUACAUGUUGACAUAAUUACCCCACCCACUUUAUUUUCAAUGGAAUAAAAUGUUUUUAGAUAUGCAAAAAAAUUCUGACGGUAAGAUUUUCAAAAUAUUUUGUAGCUUUAAUGACAUACAAAAAUGCUUCAAAACGGACAGGAAAAAUGUUGGGGUUACCGUGCAUCUAAGAGAUUUAUUAAGAAAAAACUGUUAAAAACUGGUGAAUUUUGAUAUUUUUGUUCUUUUUGCUUUAAUCUAUAUUUUCUAGAUAAAAUAAAGUGCUAUCUUGAAGAGUUUUAUUUCAGUUAUAGCUUAUUGUUAUAUGUAUCAGUCAGAAAAAUAUCAAAACCAAACUUGAUCUAUUUCAUAGAUAUUUGAAAUUACCUACCCCUACCCCAUCUUAAAUCUUACGUCAAAUUUAGGCAAAUGCCAGCCAAAAAUACGGGUGAAAAAAUUUUUUUCGCAAAAAGUAGAAUCUGUUUUGUUAAAUGGUACAUUAUUAGCCAUAUUUUAAUUAUUUAACGUUAAUUUUUUGCAAAACUUUUGUUAGAAAGCAAUAUUCGAAGAAACAUUUUUCAAAAUGGCGGAUAUCCUGAAAAAAAAAACGCUUGUACAUCCUUAAGGAAAUUAUUAAAAUAUUUGAGUGAUGUUUUGAAUACAGUGAUUUAUGCUAGUGGUGAUAUAUGUAUACUUUUUGUCGGGCAGUAUUGUCAUUACUACAAAUGAAAUGUUUUUGGUUAUAUAUAUUCUGUUGAAAGGAACAUCUCCCUUUGUAUAACCAUGUUAAAUGUAUAAUAUUUAGCCUCACUGAUAUUAUAUGUCAAUAUUAUAUUUUGCCUCAUAUUAUCAUGUGUAUCAUGAAAUGAGAGUAAUAAAUUGAAUUGAAUUGAAAAUUGAAUUGAAUUGAAUUGAAUUGAAUUUACACAAAUCACGUCGCUCUAUAUUUUCAUUCAAUAGCCAUAUUUAUUUGUAAAUGGCAGUAUUUAGUGCACUUUUAUCUUAUAGUAUACAAAAAUAUUUAUAAUAAUACCUUUUAUAUACGACACGGAGCUACAACAAAAAGUACUUCAUUAAGUCAUAUUGUUGUUUUCAAGUGUAAAUACGUUCUGUUGUACAAUCAACCAAUUAGAACACACAGCAAGCGACUAAAUAAAUGUACAUACAUGCAAAGUAACGAAAGCUGAAAAAUAAUGUAAUCUAAAAUCUUCAGAGAUAUUUAAUUUCUAUAAAAUGUGUUCAC